AUUUUCGCUUUCAAACUGCAAACAAGCAGUUGUAUUACCGAACUCAAAGCUCCUGGAACUCCUUUAACCUUCGGCCAAUUGUUUACGAGGAGUAUCUUGUGUUUUGAGUUUUGACAUAUCCAAACACUGCCAAUCCAUAGCUCAGCUACACCUCUUUCACAGCAAGAGAACCCCUAACCGUAAGAAAACUGUCUUGUAGUACUGCCAAAUUCUUCGUGUUUCCCCGAGAAGAAGGAGAAUCGUUUGUACUGGCGGCGUUGAGUCUGCUGCUUUGACGUAGGAAACAAAGAAUUUGAAUUUUAUCGCUAAAUGGGUUCCGAUCUUUAACAUUUCUUCAUUUUGAUUAUUGGAUUUUGUUUUUAGUUCUUAUUCUGCGUUCCCGAGAUUGAAAAUCUGGCAAAUUUAGGGGAAGGAGUUAAUUUGAGGCCACGGUUGUGUUCCAAACAAGCCAGUAGAGAGGUCCAAGACGUCGAAGUGGAGUGCAGGCCUUGGCGUAAGAAGGUCUCGAUGGCUUUAAACAGGGUCUCCCUGUUCAAAAUUAUCCUUCUUCUCCUACUUAUUGCCGCCAUUACCACAGCUUUCCUCACCCUUCCUGUUGAAAAGAUUUUGAAAGACUUCUUGAUAUGGGUUAAAGACGAACUUGGUCCUUGGGGUCCUCUUGUCUUGGCUGUUGCAUACAUUCCUUUAACAGUUUUGGCAGUCCCCGCUUCAAUACUUACGUUAGGUGGUGGAUAUCUGUUUGGAUUACCUGUCGGUUUUAUUGCCGAUUCAAUUGGUGCAACAAUCGGUGCUGCAGCAGCUUUCCUUCUUGGAAGAACGAUUGGGAGGUCAUUUGUUACGUCGAAGUUGAAAGACUAUCCACAGUUCCGUGCAGUUGCAAUUGCAAUUCGAAGAUCUGGCUUUAAGAUUGUUUUACUGCUGCGCCUUGUACCUUUACUUCCAUUCAACAUGCUCAACUAUCUCUUGUCCGUGACUCCUGUUCCCUUUGUGGAGUAUGUGCUAGCUUCUUGGCUGGGAAUGAUGCCAAUUACUUUCGCGCUGGUGUAUGUUGGAACAACUCUGAAGGAUCUCUCUGAUGUAACACACGAGUGGGGUGAAUUUUCCAAAACUCGUUGGGCAUUCAUUGUAUUGGGCCUCCUGGUGUCUGUGAUUUUAAUAAUAUGUGUUACGCGAGUUGCAAAGGCAGCUCUAGAAAAAGCAUUGGCUGAAAAUGAUGACAUGGAGGACUUAUUGGAAUCACCCCAACUACCUGUUGUGGCAACUCCUUGUGGAAAUCUCAAUCAGCCGCUUAUAAUCAAGAUAGAUGCUGCUCAAGAUAGUAAUCAUGAAAAUUAGAAGUUAAAUUUGUACUCUGUAAAUUCUUUACUUGAUGCAAUUUUUGUCUUUGUUUCUAGCUUCUAAUGCACACCUGAUUGUCAGUAAUUGCUCGAGAUUCUUCUCCUGUACAGUUGGAUUAUACUGAUGUAUAAGUUUGGACAUAAAUGGAAGGAUUAUUUCUGAUAGUGUAAACAUGCCGGUGGGAAGCCAUUCUACAUAGCUAGGCCUAUAGUCAAGUGUACCAUCUCAUGAAAUAUUGCUGCAGGCACUGCUAAUGAUUUCUGUUC